ACCUUCCUAUGCCUUCUUUUCCCCGAGAUCGGAUCAAGCGCACGGAGCAGCGGCAGCAGAAAUGCAAGCGUUGCUGUGCCAAAUUCCCUCCCGCUGCAAUGCGGGCCAGCUACGGCCGCUGGUUGCCGCCGCCUCCUUGCCGCCUCCGCCGAUUCCCGGAGCCCUAAGCCCUACCUCGUGCCGCUCUUAUCACCGCCUGAAUCUCCCAACUCCUCCCCUUCUCCAAGGCCUCCUUUCUCCCGCUACCCCCGCGUUUCGAAGCUCCGCAUCUCCGCUCCUCGAGCCCAACCGCGGGAUUUUGGUGCGAGCCUCCGCGGGGCUACCUUCGUCCGAUGCUGAAUCCGAGAAGGCAAAGCUCGCGCAGGUCUCCAAGAGAUUAGAGAACACAUCUAGAUAUUUUAAGCGUUUGGGGAGUCUAGGAUUCUGGGGGCAGCUAGUAUGCACUGUUGUAUCUGCUGUUAUUUUGUCAUUCUCCUUAGUUAUCACUGGGAAGGUUACUUCACCUGUCACAUUUUACACCACUGCUGGUGGUAUUGUAGCUGCAUUUAUUUCAGUCUUUUGGUCAUUUGGUUACAUAAGACUUUCAGAAAGACUGCGAAGAACUGCAAAUGAUCCUGCAAAGGCUCCUCCAAGAGCUGAUGUAGUGAAAAGUUUGAAAAAUGGCAUUGUGUUAAACCUUCUGGGAAUGGGUUCUGCAAUUCUUGGCAUGCAAGCAACUGUUGGGUUAUUGGUUGCAAAAGCACUUACUACUUCAGCAGUUCCUUACAACCAGAUGUCUCCUGGUCAGAGUCCUGUGUUGGCCUUGGAUGUCUUCUUAGUUCAGGCUUCUGCCAACACGAUCCUCUCUCAUUUCUUGGGGCUUGUGUUCUCGCUGGAACUACUGCGAUCAGUCACGUUGCCGCAUCUGGAGGCUGUUCCCAUUCCAAAAGCUGCUUAGCUAAGCCAUUUUCUGGUCCUGAACGAUGUGCUUCCUUGCAGUAGGAACGGAUUGAUGGACCUUAGGGACGGAUUGAUGGGAUUGCCUUUUGCCACGUGAUAAUAGAAGAUGAGAUGGAAUUUAAUGCAAAUAAAAUCCAAGUCAUGAUGGUUGACCGAACCACAAAGAAUUUUGUUGGAGUGGUUGUUGAUGGUAAACGGGAGUUUUGUAUGACCAACUUUGUGAUCAAUUUGGCUUGUGAAGUUCCAAUUGACAAUGCCCAUAAUUUAUAGUUAAUUGUAAUUGUAUAUGAGUCAAGAAAUACAAUUAAAUAUAACUUAAAUCAUUACUUUGUUU